GGAGGCUAUAAAACAGAGAGGGGCGGCUCUGAAGAGGCAGCUCAUUUUUGGGGGAAAUACACACAGUACAGUUACUUUGCGCUCUGCCUGCGGGGAAAAAACCUUCUGGCUGAGAUUGAUGAUUUAAAACAGGCGACGUUUGACCCAAUAAUAGCGGACAGUUGGAGGCAACGAGGACACAUUGCAUUUUUUUGUCAGCCUGAAUGAGAAUUGGCGUUGACAGGCUGCCAAAGAAGAAAUCGUUGGGUGUUUUUUUUUUUUGAGAGAAAGGAAGUAAAGGCUGCUUUGUGAAAGUCUGGGAUGCUGGCUCCCCGAGCGCUCCGCUCCUGGCUCUGCGCACUGAGCUGCUGGUGGCUUCACACCGGAACAGCUUCGCGCCUCAAGACUCCUGCGCUGCCCAUCCAGUCCGAGAGAGAGCCGCUGCCCUCCAAAGGCCUGGCAGGAUGCUCAUUUGGAGGUCGAUUUUACUCCCUGGAGGACACCUGGCACCCAGAUCUGGGGGAGCCCUUUGGUGUCAUGCACUGUGUCCAGUGCCACUGCGAACCUCAAAAGAGUCGCCGUGGGAAGGUGUCGGGAAAGGUAAACUGCAGGAACAUCAAGCAGGACUGUCCAAACCUGGAGUGUGAUGACUCUGUCCUGCUUCCAGGACACUGCUGUAGAACCUGUCCAAAAGAUUCAAAUGACAAAAAGCAAACUGACUCUAUGCUGGACAGCUUUGAGUAUUUCCAUGAGAAGGGCAAAGAGGACGACCUCCACAAAUCCUACAACGACAGAUCCUACCUGAGCUCUGAGGACACAGGCUUCGUAGAGAGCCGGACAGAUUUUGUAGCAUUGUUGACAGGGGUGACAGACUCAUGGCUGCCCAGCUCCAGUGGAGUUGCCAGAGUUCGUUUUUCUCUGACCAGAACCACACUGACCUUCUCUGUGACAUACCAAAGAAUCGGCCGCCCCAGUAAAAUAGCCAUCCUGGACUCAGAUGGGACUCCUGCUUUUGAAUAUAAAGUCCCUAAAGGACAAGCAGACAUGAUCUGUGGAGUGUGGAAGAAUCUGGCGAAACCUGUCUUGCGACAGCUGCAGUCUGAGCAGAUGCGCAUCAGCAUGACCACAUCCACGGGCAGACGAGAAGAGGUGGAGGGCAAGAUCAUCAAACACAGGGCGCUGUUUGCCGAGACAUUCAGUUCAAUCCUGACCUCAGAGGAGGAGAAUGCGGGAAUGGGAGGCAUCGCUAUGCUGACACUGAGUGACAGUGAGAACAACCUCCACUUCAUCCUCAUCCUACAGGGUCUCAUCAGACACAAGGACAAAGAGCCGGUUUUGGUGCCAAUCCGAGUCCAGCUGAUGUACCGCCAACAUGUCCUGAGAGAGAUCCGGGCAAACAUCACCUCUAACGAUCCAGAUUUUGCAGAGGUGCUGACAGACCUGAACAGCCGAGAGUUGUUUUGGUUAUCGCGUGGUCAGCUGGAAAUGGCAGUGGCGACUGAGGGUCAGGAUCCCCGACAAAUCUCUGGCUUCAUCACUGGGAGAAAAUCUUGUGACACUAUUCAGAGUGUGAUGUCCAGUGGCAAUGCAUUGAUCCCAGGGAAGACAGGAGGGGCGGGAUCUGCUGUCUUUAACCUCCAUGAUAACGGAACGCUGGACUACCAGGUUCAGGUUGCAGGUCUCACAAGUGAUGUGGUGGGUCUCACAAUAGAGCUGAAGCCGCGGCGUCGAAACAAGCGCUCCAUCCUAUAUGAUUUAACACCGGAGUAUAGCAAGCCUACGGGGCAGGCGGUAGGCAGCUGGAGUCGACUGGAGGCGCGACAUGUCCACAUGCUGCUGCAGAAUGAGCUCUUCAUCAAUGUGGCCACAGCACACAGCCAGGAGGGGGAGCUCAGGGGUCAAAUCAAGGCCCUGCCUUACAGUGGUCUGGAGGUGCCCAGAGAUGGUGAGGACCGAUGGAACGAGGAGGGCUGGAGUUGUGAGCUGCCCACUCCUCUUGCUGGACAUUUUGUGUCCCCACCAGUAAGAACUGGUGCAUCUGGCCAUGCCUGGGUUUCAGUGGACAAACAUUGCCACCUGCACUAUGAGAUAAUUGUCGCAGGCCUUAGUAAGACAGACGAUGUGGCUGUGAACGCUCACCUGCAUGGACUGGCUGAGAUCGGAGAGCUGGAUGACAGCAACACAAAUCACAAGAGGCUGCUGACAGGUUUCUACGGCUCUCAGGCCCAGGGUGUUUUAAAGGACAUGAGUGUUGAACUAUUGCAACAUCUGGACCAGGGAACAGCCUUCAUCCAAGUCAGCACCAAGAUGAACCCUCAGGGAGAAAUACGAGGACGGGUCCAUGUUCCAAACACCUGUAAGUUUGGUGCCCCAGCGGAGGUGGAAGAGGCAGAGUUUGACGACCUUUUUCUUAAUGACCCAGAGGAGCUGAAGAAAGACCCAAAUACCUGCUUCUUUGAGAACCAGCACCAUGCUCACAGCUCUCGUUGGACUCCCAGCUACGAUAAGUGUUUCACAUGCAGCUGUCAGAAGCGAACAGUGAUCUGUGAUCCAGUUAUCUGUCCAGAGCUGACUUGCUCCAGAACUAUUCAGCCUGAGGACAAGUGCUGUCCUGUCUGUGAUGAAAGGAGGGAGCCUAAGGACAUGAAAGCACCAGAGGCGGUGGAAGAACAUCUCGAAGGUUGUUACUUUGAAGGCGACCAGAAGAUGCAUGCCCCAGGAACCACAUGGCAUCCCUUUGUUCCUCCGUUUGGAUACAUUAAAUGUGCUGUCUGCACUUGCAAGGGCUCUACAGGGGAGGUCCACUGUGAGAAGGUGACGUGUCCCGCGCUGACCUGCAGUCUCCCAGUGAGACGGAGCCCCUCUGACUGCUGUAAGGAGUGUCCUGAAGAAGAAAGAACCCCUGCAGGCCUGGAGCUCAGUGACAUGAUGCAAGCGGAUGGCCCACGAUACUGCAAAUUUGGAAAGAACGUUUACCAGAACAGCGACAGCUGGCAUCCCUGGGUACCGCUGGUGGGUGAGAUGAAGUGCAUCAACUGCUGGUGUGAUCAUGGAGUUACUAAGUGUCAAAGGAAACAGUGUCCAGUGCUGACCUGCUCUAACAUCACCCGUACAGAGAGCUCAUGCUGUCCUGAAUGUGCUGAUAACAAACAGGAAGCUGAUCUGAUGACAAAAACACCAGGCAAAAGACGAACCUAGAGACAAUGAUGAUGUGAAAUGCCCCCACUCCUGAGAUGAGCCCCAACCCCCCGUUUUUAGGAAACCCAGCACCGUACUCUUCCCCAUCCCACACAGACAUGUUCCCAGAGCUGCACACUGGGACCCCUUUUCACUCCUGACCCGACACCCACCCUGUUAUCAGCUUUAAGAUUGUAAUGAGGAGAGCCGUGCAGAGACUGGAGGGAGUUCAAAUGCAAAAUAAAAACUUUUUAAGUGAAGCAUCGAAGCUUUGGUGAGGACCAACCUAAUGUUACUCACAUGUUGCCUUCAGUGUUGUUGAAGUUUAACCGUCGCUACACAGCUGCUCAUCGGACUGAAAUCCAGCAGGAUUUUAAAUAGCAAGCAUUGGGAGUAAAAAGCAGUUUGUAUCGACAGAGCUUCUUUUUGAAGCAUAGCCAUAGCUGCUGCGGUUCCCACUGGACACAACGAUGGAAAGUGUUACUUAAGAUGGCUUGAGUGUGUGAAUGUAGGUAUCUGUGUGUGUUUCUUUUACUUAUUUUGGUGUUUGAUAGUGGAAGUGAAUAGAAGUGUAUCUGCUCACCGGCCUACAGCUUUCGUUUGUUGUAAGAAAAUAUUUCUACUCUGUAUGAAUCUCAUUCCUAAUAAGAUCACAGUUUUUCUGGGAUAUUAAAACACCCUCUGUUUAUAUCA